AUAACUUCAGUGGAUUCUUUGGCCCCUGGAGAAAAAGACCAGAUUCAGAUUCAGAAAAAGGUGAGAGUCAGAAGACAUCUUGUUUGCCAUCAGUUAAACCUCUCUGCUAUUACCACUCAAUUCCUCCAGGUUGUGUGUUUGGAGAAAGCUGCUUACCACGGAGACUUUCCACCUCCAACACAAGCAAGCAGUUUCUUUAACAGAAAGCACAUCCUAAACAGGCUGUAGAAUGUCGACCAUUGGAUGCUUUGAAGGGUUCCAGCCUGUGGCACUGAAGCCAGAUGGAGAUGAUCAGCCCUCAGCAAAAGACAGCCUCCCAAUGGAAGAGGGGAGUUCAGGCAGAGACUCAGUGCCCAGCAGAAUGGCAAGGCAGCCUAGUGUGACCGAGUCAGUUCUCUACCCAAAUCUGUACACUCAGCCACAUUGCACACGCAAGUACUUUGUUACUCGGCCAGGGGCGAUUGAGACGGCCAGACAAGACUUAAAGAACCACGUGGACGAGACGAUGGGUGAAGCCAUUCAAGGUUUCUGGCUCUUGACAGAAGUGGACCACUGGAACAAUGAGAAGGAAAGGGUGGUGGCGAUCACUGAUAACACCUUGCUGAUCUGCAAAUAUGACUUCAUCAUGCUCAGCUGUGUCCAAUUUCAACGCAUUCCCCUAAGCAGCAUCUGUCACAUCUGUCUUGGCAAAUUUGUCUUCCCUGGUGCCUCCUUGGAUAAGAGGCAAGGUGAAGGCAUCCGGAUCUCUUGGGGGAAGAGUGAGGAGCAGUCCCUCUUGUCCCGCUGGAACCCUUGGUCCACAGAAGUUCCUUAUGCUACUUUUAUAGAGCACCCCAUGAAGAAUAGCAGUGAAAAGUUCAGUGAAAUUUGCAAGAUGUCUGCCUUUAUAGCUAAGCUUGUGUGUGCUGUUCAGAAUGCUCACAAGUCCUCCUCCAGACCUGGACGAGGACAAGAAAUGAUGGUGUCAACAGAACCGAUUCUCAUCCAGACCUACACUGGGCUGAUGUCAUUCAUUGGAAAUUGCAACAAACUGGGCUACUCCCUGGCCCGUGGCAGCAUAGGAUUCUAAAAUUACACUCCUUGUAUAGUUAGCUCUGUUCUGCCAAAAGCUAUUCGGUCAUUUAGAGUUCCUGUGCUAUUUCCUCUGCAGUUCUGUAAGCCGCCUUUCCUACAGUCUCCCCUCCCCAUCCCCCAUCCCUCACAAGCUUUCUGAUGGACACAUUUUCUGGGCCAUGUAAAGAAGUAGGGAAGUUGUGUAAGCUGCCAUAGUGUUUAGACCUUGAUACAAAGGUUGAGAUAAUGGAAUUAAAGCAUGAAUACUUUAUCAAAUUAGUGUCCGAAUAUGAAGUGAGUUCUGUCUACAAAUUCACUCUCCUCCCAUUCUUAAGUGUUUAUGGAUAUAUGCCCAUUCUGGGGAUCUCAUUCAGCCUUUAAGUCUUCCAUUAUGACCUCUAGAUAGUGGACUCCCAAUUUGAUGACCUCUAGUCCUUACCUCUCUCCUGUGCCCCAUCUCCCAUUGUCUGCCAGAUACCUCCACCUGUAUGUUCAGGUCAUCUCAAACUCAACAUGUUCUUCAAAGAAAACAUGGGUCUUUCAUAGCAUAGUUGUUUAGUGGCAAGGCCCUAGGGUUGG